UUCAAAUCCUUUUCCUUAUGUAAAUACUCUAAAUACUUUUAUGUCGCGUUUUAAACGCGGUCACGAGCUAACGUAUGACGUAAUUUCCAGGAAAUAGACGAUCUUACUAUUAUUUGUUUUCCAGCUAUGACAUGAUAACAGUCACGCUACAUUAACAGUGUGUACAGUAAACACGUGUUGGCCCUGAAGGCACCACCAGUCAGAGACGCGGGUGAGCUUCAAGCCGUUUUGGAACGCUUGUGAUUGUAGUGGGCGUAACCCAGACUUGACUGACAGCUGUUUGCGCCAAUAAGAGACAAGGAGAGAGACCAUAUAUAUAUAUAUUUAUGAAUUUAAAAAAAAAUAGAUAUCUUUAUAUUGAUAAGGAGGGUGACAAUAAUUCAUUAAUAAAAAAAAUUAAUGAUAUAUCUUUUUAAUUUUUUUAAUGGAGACAACUAAUUACGGUCAAACGAAAAUGAAGUCAACGUAAACUGAUGGAAUAUUGUUCUGCAGCCUCAAGACAUGAAUAAUAAUAAACUUAUUUUUUAAUACAUAAAAGUGGGAGGAAGAACACACAUUGAAAGCUUCACUUAAAUAAUUCCAACAGAUGAAUAAGAAACCCAAAAUGUUUUUACAUAAAAAAAUUGAGCUUUGCAAAAAGACAUCUUAAAUCCUGUCUAUUUUGCACGAAAUUGAGCAUUUUAUUUACGUUUAUUUUAUUUUUUCAAGCCGUAAAUGUUGCACAACAAACAAAGAAAAAAGUCCCGUAUGGCAUUUAAAGGAAUAAACAACGUAACAUAACGUGUCUGAUUUGUGUAUAUCUGCCUCCAGCAUGACGAGCCUCCAGCUGAGUGCGCAAGAGGAGGCGGUGGAGAGGCUCCUGGACGCCGCGGCCCGAGGAGACCUGGUCCAGGUGUCCUCGCUGCUGGCCCUCGGGCCCUCGCUCCUCAACCGGGCGGGUCACAGCGGCUGGACGGCGCUGAUGCUCGCCGCCCGCAACGGGCACUACGACGUGGCGCAGGCGCUGCUGUUACUCGGCUGCGAUAAGUUCUCCGUGAACAACUCGUCGCAGACCGCCUACGACGUCGCCGCGUUCUGGGGCCACCGGCAUCUCGUAGACCUGCUGGGCCGGACGGGCAAAGGCCCGCCGGGCUCUGCCCUCCUCGACCCGCCGCCGGAGAAUUACUUCGGCAGAGAGACGCUGGACCGGCUGAGCGCCAAGAGGACCGACCGGGUCUGGCUGGAGGUCCGACGGAGCGACGCGGACACCGUCUACCUCCUGUUCUCCAACCUCAGCCCCAUGGUCAGCGGCCCCCUGGAGGACGGCAGCGGCAGCGCAGCGGUGGAGACCAAGCUGUGUCGGUUCAGAUACGAGGCCAUCAAAGACCUCCUCCAGAAGCCCGCGACUGUGCUCGUCUUCCUCGGAGUGGAGAGGAGGAAGACGCCCUCCUCGUCCUCUGCUCGCGUGGCGGAUGGCCUCCGGGAGCCUCCCGCCUGGUUCGCCAUCAACACGGACGAGGAUACCGCCGAACUCCUGACGCGCUGCGGGGAAAAGAACUGCUGCUUCCCAAAGACGCCCAACAGAGACCUGCUGCGGUUCAGCGAGGAAGAGGCCGGAGUCGUGGCUCAGGCCCGCUCGGUGUUGGCUUGGCACAGCCGCUACAGCUUCUGUCCCACGUGCGGCGGCGGCACGGCGCCGGAGGAGGGCGGCUACAAGAGGAGCUGCCUGAACCCCGGCUGCAGCAGCCGGAAGGGAGUCCACAACACCUGCUACCCACGAGUCGACCCAGUGGUCAUCAUGCUGGUGAUCCAUCCUGAUGGAAACCAGUGUUUACUGGGGAGGAAGAAGAUCUUUCCAAUCGGAAUGUUCUCCUGUCUGGCUGGAUUCGUUGAGCCCGGGGAGACGCUGGAGGAGGCGGUGAGGAGGGAGGUGGAGGAGGAGAGUGGGGUGAAGGUCGGCCCGGUGCGGUACGUCUCCUGCCAGCCGUGGCCGAUGCCGUCCAACCUUAUGAUCGGCUGCCUCGCCGUCGCCGUGUCGACCGCCAUCAAAGUGGACGACGACGAGAUCGAGGAAGCUCGCUGGUUCCCGCGGCAACAGGUGAUCGACUCCUUCAGAGGAACCCGAGCAGCCUUCACCGUCCCGCCCAGACAGACCAUCGCCCACCAGCUCAUCAGACACUGGAUCGCUGGGAACUCCAACCUCUGACCUCUGACACCCCAGACGGUCAGACGGGUCUUAAUUGUUCCUGUGCCUGUUCUUGUGGUCUCUCAGGACUACAGGUGAGAACGUCUAUCAGCGUGGAACGAUUCAUCGAAACGGAGAACGUUUAACAUUUAGCUUGUAAUACCAGACAAAUGCAGAAAGAUUAUUAUUAUAAUAACAAUAAUAAUAAUAAUAAGGCAAUAAUGAGAUAUUAAACAGUUCUCAACAGACUUCAGAAUCACGUCAAUCUGAAACUGAUAGGUUCUUUGUCAGAUCAAAUGUCGGCCAUCUUUAAAUAUGAAACGCAUCCACAAGAGAAGAAGAGGAACUGACUGAUGAUUAUGAAUAUUAAUUUUUUAAUGCAUUAUUUCACGACAACAUAUAACUGAUGCAUGAUAAACGCUGAACUGUAAAUAUUAUAAUUCUUCAAUAAAACUAAUUCUCAAUGUA